UGACUGUUAUUCGAAAUAUUGUGUCAAUAUGGCUGCUAUCGAAAUAUUUUCAAACUGCGUUAGUUACAAAUAUAAAAGUAAAAUAUGUUCUCUAAGCUCACUUGUAGUAUUAUUUUUUUUAAUACUAUCGUUUUUUACACCAUUCUUUAUUAUUAGCAAUGCAGGAGGUUUUUCUCUAAUGAAUCGUGUGUACACAGAAACACCUGAUAUAUCAUUUAACUACAAAUAUAUAUUAUUAGCAUAUAGAGAUUACAAUAGUAAUCCUAUAGUUUGUUCGACAUUUUCAACAUAUAAAAACAAUAAAAUUACAGAUGACUGUAUAUUAAUAAAGGUGCGAGAAAUAGAUACAAAUAGUGAUGGAAUAAAAGAUGUUUUGAAAUUUGAAGCUCAGUUUUAUACAGACACACCAAUCAAGAGUUUUAAUGUUUUACUUUUCUUUAAUUUUAAAUUAAAGCAAUUGUUCCAGAUGAUAAUGGAAUCAAUUGCUGUGUUUAAUUAUGUAUUACACGAUGAAGUUCAGGAAGCAAAAUUUUUUGGAGAUUUAACAUUGGAGCAAAAAGGUCUUCUUAAUAGUCAAGGUUCCUACAAAUUAAACAAUCAUAGCAUUGAAAUGGCUGACUAUUCGUUAGAGGAAUUACUUAUGCACAAUGCUAAGAGGAAGUUUGCAGCCAAAAUAAGCAAUGAACGUAUAACAAAUCGAAUCAGAUUCUCCAAAGAAGAGAAAGUAGUUAUCCAUGUAGAACUAAUGUAUAAAGAAUACUUAAUUUAUUAUCAGCCCAGUAUUUGGGAAGAACUAAAAUGGGCAUGGAUUCAAUAUUUAUCAUGCCUUCUUGUCUUCGCUUAUAUAACAAAACACAUUUUGACUUUUUUAUUCUCCAAUAAAUAUUUAAAUUGUUAUACUAUGGUUCCAUGGACAAAUAAAUAAUUUUUACAAC